CGUCGGUCCCUCCCUUCACCCUCCCAUUUUCAACCAAAACAGCACACCUCUCUCGCACACACACACACACACACACACACACAAUGCCUGCUACACUGCUCUCAGAGGUGCUCAUGAACGAGCUUGCGCGCCGCAUCCCCGAAAACCCCGACGUCGUCAAGAAGGUCAACUCGAUCUUCCAGUUCAACAUUACCAAGGACGGCAAGGAGGUCGCCCAGUGGACGGUCGAUCUCAAGACGGGCGCUGGCUCCGUGUCGAAGGGUGCUGCAACUGCGCCCAACUGCACCGUGACGCUGUCCGACGACGACUUUGUUGCGCUCGGCUCGGGCAAGCUCCAGGCUCAGAAGGCCUUCAUGAGUGGCAAGCUCAAGGUCAAGGGCAACAUUAUGCUCGCCACCAAGCUCGAGGGCAUCUUCAAGCAGUACUCCAAGGAAGCUGCUGCUGCGAUUGCCGCUGCCCAGUCUGGCGCUGCUCCUGCUGCCCCUGCUGCUGCUCCUGCUGCUGCUGGCCCAGCGACUGGAUCAUCAGCCUCAUCAGCCGGUCUUGUCUCCGACGGCUUAUUUGCCGAAAUUGGUCGCCGCGUCGCCGCCACGCCCGCACUCGUCCAGCAAGUCAACGUUGUGUACCAGUUCAACAUCACCAAGGGUGGCAAGGACGCUGCGCAAUGGACGAUCGACCUCAAGAACGGCGCCGGCUCCGUCACCAAGGCCGCCGCCGCCGCGCCCGGCUGCACCAUUACCGUCUCCGACGAAGACUUUGCGGCCCUUGUUGCUGGCACGAUCAAUCCUCAAAAGGCAUUCAUGUCUGGGAAGCUCAAGGUCAAGGGCAACGUCACUCUUGCUACCAAGCUCGACAAGGUUCUCCAGGGUGCCAAGGCCAAGCUUUGAAAACACACAAAAAAAAAAAAGCAAUCGGCCAUGCCAUGCUGUUUCUAUUCUGUUCCUAUGAAUGCUCGUCAAAGUGACUGUGUGACUGUGUGUUGUGCACAAUGCAUCAUGGAGUUCAACAUUUUUGCACGACGCGAGCAUCUGGUCUUUGUUUCUCGUAAAUUCAUCCAUUCCAGUUGUAAUUCCCCCCCCCCAUGUUUCUUUUCUUUUGCUCCGCUAUUCCAUAUCCAUUUGCUAAAUAAAACUCAG